CGAGUCUGUCCGAUGCACCCAGAGGAACAGAAGGCAGGAUUGCAGCUUCCUCGGUGCAAUCUUCAGACAGGAAAUCUGAGAUUCACAACAUCGUAUAGUUUGGCUUGUCGUCCCUGGUCAUGCGGUGGGCCCGAAAUAAACUCCCUGCUUCAAAGGAGGGCGUUUCAGAACUGCCUGGCAGAGCAGGCAGAAGCUUGGGGCCAGGGCAGAAGGAAAACUCAGGGAGCAUGUUCUGAAUCGAGACCCUCUCAAGAAAAUCCUUUCCAUUCCCCUGAAUCGUACCUUUGUUUCAGAGCCUACCAGGGUUUUCUGACUUGCUGCUCUCCAUCCCUGUGAGUGCCUCCCUGGAGGCCGGGCGAGAGGUGGAGGGCAAUGGCCACGGAGAUCAGCGCCCGGGGCCAGCAGCGCACCAUCGGGAACGAGGAGUACAGCCUGUACAGCAGCCUGAGCGAGGACGAGCUGGUGCAGAUGGCCAUCGAGCAGAGCCUGGCGGAUAAGACGCGGGGCCCGGCCACCGCCGAGGCCACCGUGUCUGCACGUGCCAACCGCCAGCCGGCCCAUUUCUACCCAUGGACCAGGUCCUCUGCGCCUCCUGCCAGUUCGACGGCCCCAGCCCCGGCCCCGGCGCCCAGGGGUUUGUUCCAGGAGGUCAUGCAGAAGUUCAAGGCCUCCCAGCUGGCGGCUGUGGACCCCGUGCUGAAGGCCAUCAAGGAAGGCGAUGAAGAGGCCUUGAAGGCCAUGAUCAAGGAAGGGAAGAAUCUCGCGGAGCCCAACAAGGAGGGCUGGCUGCCGCUGCACGAGGCCGCCUACUACGGCCAGCUGGGCUGCCUGAGGGUGCUGCAGCAAGCAUACCCAGCAGCCGUUGACCAGCGUACCCUGCAGGAGGAGACGGCCCUUUACCUGGCAACCUGCAGGGAACACCUGGACUGCCUCAGGUCGCUGCUCCAGGCCGGAGCAGAGCCAGACAUCUCCAACAAGUCCCGAGAGACACCGCUGUACAAAGCCUGUGAGCGCAAGAACGUGGAGGCCGUGCGGAUCCUGGUGCAGCACAGCGCGGACACCAACCACCGCUGCAACCGCGGCUGGACAGCCCUGCACGAGUCUGUCUCUCGCAACGACCUGGAGGUCAUGGAGGUCCUGGUGAGCGGCGGGGCCAAGGUGGAAUCCAAGAACGCCUACGGCAUCAGCCCCUUGUUCGUGGCCGCCCAGAGCGGGCAGCUGGAGGCCCUGCGCUUCCUCGCCAAGCACGGUGCUGACAUCAACACACAGGCCAGUGACAGCGCGUCGGCUCUCUACGAGGCCUGCAAGAAUGGGCACGAGGAGGUGGUGGAGUUCCUGCUGUCGCAGGGCGCCGACGCCAACAAGGCCAACAAGGACGGCUUGCUCCCGCUGCAUGUGGCCUCCAAGAAGGGUAACUACAGGAUCGUGCAGCCGCCCCGCGGGUGCGGCCAGAGCCUCCUGCGGGCGCCCAGCCGCACCCGCGUGCGCCGGAGCGGGAUCAGCCCGCUGCACCUGGCGGCGGAGCGUAACCACGACGCGGUGCUGGAGGCGCUGCUGGGCGCGCGCUUCGACGUGAACGCGCCACUGGCGCCCGAGCGCGCGCUGUCCGCCCCCGCUCUGCUGCUGCUCGCGGGCGCGGACCCCAACCGCGACGUGAUCAACCCGCUGCUCGUGGCCAUCCGCCACGGCUGCCUGCGCACCAUGCAGCUGACGCCGGGCCACGCCGCCGACAAGGCACCCGGCGUGGUGCAGUUUUGUGAGAUCCUGUCUGCGCCGGAGGUGAGCCGCUGGGCGGGGCCUAUCAUCGACGUCCUCCUGGACUACGUGGGCAACGUGCAGCUCUGCGCGCGGCUCAAGGAGCACAUCGACAGCUACGCCGACUGGGCGGUCAUCAAGGAGAAGGCAGAACCGCCGAGACCUCUGGCUCACCUCUGCCGGCUGCGGGUCCGCAAGGCCAUUGGGAAGUGUCGGAUAAAACUCCUAGACACACUGCCACUCCCGGGCAGGCUGAUUAGGUACCUGAAAUACGAGAACACCCAGUAGCCAGGGCAGGCGGAAGGAGCGCCCCUCAGACUGUUUUCACUAAGGGUCAAGAUGGUGGCGUCCCCAGAUCCAAGGGGACUGGUGACGGAUGAGGCUGCAGGCUGGCAGCUGCCUGAUCCUGCUGAGCGUCUGCGCCGGAGCCUUGCCCGGAACAGAGAACAGGAUGUGGAGGAGGAAAAGCAUCGACUUCCCUCUGCGGAGCAGACCCGGCCUUCUCUGCCAUCGGGAAUGGCGGAAGCCUCUGCUCUGGGGGCCAGGACAGAACUUGAGGUGUCUGGGAAAGGCAGGGGCCAGCAGGGAUCCCCGGCCUCCACCCUGGGCUGGAGCCGGGCUCCCCAGAGACCUCCUUCAGAGCAUUCCCAGUGGCCUCUCCUGGCUCUACGGAACCACACCUAACUCCUGAGCUUUCUCCCGACCCUGACCCAGGGCGGGGAGGGCACCCUCAGCCCAGAGAGCUUCAUUAAGCACAAUAAAUGUUGCACACCUGACUCCUUGCCAGCAACGUGCCCUCAUCUGG